AUGUAUAUAGAAGUAUGUGUUAAUUGGUCUAAUAAUAUUGAGAAAUGUAUUGAAUUAAUUAAAACUUCAUAUAGAUUGGGAUAUUCAGGUAUUGCUUUUAAUCAUUCAGUUAAUUUAUCUGAAAAAUGUAAUAAUCUUAAAUCUAAUAAAAAACAAGUGAGUAAUUUACUUACAUUAUUAGUUAAGGAAGGUCAUUAUUGUCCAAUACAAUAUAUUUAUUUAAAUCCUAAUGAAUUAUCAUCUACUGGUAUCCAUAAUAAAAGAUUCUUUCCAAAAAAUCAAUUUGUAUCUUUAAAUCUUUCUUGUCAUAAUAUUAAUAUAAAUAAAAAAUAUCAAAGUGAAGAUGAUAUAUCAAGUGAAUUCUUACAACUUAGAAGAUUAACUAUAAUAUUUGAUAAUAAUGAUGUAAUUCCUUAUAUUAAUGCUUUAUGUAAGGGAUCUUGCAAUGAAGCCACUGAUGGAUGGAGUAAAACAUUAUUUUCAGAUAUAUAUCAACAAAAUUAUGAUUUAAUUGCUUUAAGACCAACUACUCAAGCAACAUUUAUAAGUGCAAUUUCCUCAUCUGAUUGUGAUAUUAUUAGUUUAGAUUUAUGUUCUAAUCCUCGUUUACCAUUUGUUAUGAGGAGAGCUCAAUUAAAUUUAGCUAUAUCCCGUGGUAUUUUUUUUGAAAUAGAUGUUGGUCCAGCCUUAUCUAAUACAAAUUAUAGAAAGAAUUUAUGUUGUAAUCUUUUGAAUUUUGCAAGAUAUAUCCCAACCAAACAUAUAUUAAUUACAUCAAGUUCAUCUAAUAUAAUGGAUUUGAGAGGGCCAUUAGACUUGUCAAAUCUUGCUUCUACAUUAUUAUCUAUGGAUUUAGAUAGAAAACCAAUUAUGAAUCCAUCUGAUUUUCUUGUAGAUAAUGUGAUAAGAGCUCUUUUAAAAGGUACUAAUCGUAAAACAUAUGCAUCUGUUCUUUUAUUAGAGCCUAAUAAUUAG